CGGUACAUCGUAAAAUAAUCCGUAGAUAGAAAAUCAGAGCAAAAUAAAAAAUAAAAAUUCGGAUGGAUAUAAAUGCGAAGAAGAUAACAAUCCAUGCCGCUUGAAGAAGUUUGGAGAGGAGGAGAGUCGUGUGGGUGAUGGCGUCAUUAAGUGUUAAUGGUGCUUUAUUAAGCAUCGAAAACAAACGCUACACAUGUUAUUGUCCAAGGAGCGAGUGGUGGAGGAGCAGCAGCAGCAGCAGCAGCAGCUCCAGACGAUAUUCAGUUACGCCAAUAAUAAGGUGCUCAGCAGAUGCUGAUAGUACGGCUACUCAGAAAUUGGGUAUCAAAGUCGACAGGAAUCCUCCCGAGUCCAGGCUCACCCAACUGGGUGUCAGAAAUUGGCCCAAGUGGGGUUGCCCUCCAAGCAAGUUUCCAUGGACAUACAGUAACAAAGAGACUUGCUAUCUGCUACAAGGCAAAGUGACGGUUACCCCUGAUGGAUCCAAUGAGUCGGUUGAGAUUGGUGCUGGUGAUUUGGUGGAAUUUCCAAAGGGAAUGAGCUGCACUUGGGAUGUAUCAGUGGCUGUAGACAAGCACUAUAACUUCAGCUAGAUAGAUUUAUAGCCAUUGGCCCCCACUAUAAUUGUGAUAAUUAAAUCUAUGGAACAUAUAAGCAGGUGUGUAUAUAUACACACACACAUAUAAACAGGUAUAUAUAGAUGUUUACUAUGAACUAUGUAAACCUUGCUAGUCAAUAAAGUUCCUGAUGACGUA